AUGUCUGCGAGAGUUCUGCAGCGAAACUGCGACGGCAUGUUGAAGAUGCUUCUGGCUGAGCUGUCGAUGAAUCUUGGUGAGCUCGGUCGCCGCGACCAUUGCGUCUCGCUUCUCUGCCGCCAGAAAUCCGCACCACAUCAUCCAUCGCCGACUAACUUCCCUACCCCGGACCUGUUCUCCCUGAAGCUCACCGACCGACACGUCCUUCGCGGCGCUGGUCGGGCUGCCGAAACUCACCGUCAAGUUGUGCGCGUCAGCUGGUUCCAGGUCCCGCUACGCCCGGCGUCUGCCCGUCCGUGCCCACGAGCACCAAGCUGUCCUUCAGGACGGAUGGAUGAGCUGUUCGUGGCGAACCCGGAGGUGAAAUGCCAUUCUGCGACGUCGACGGCGUCACCUGGAAUGCGCGGACCGCCGCCGAACCCAAAGUCGCCCUGGGGGAUUCUCCGACGGACAUGGUAA